AUGCCAGGACUAAGCUGUAGAUUCUACCAGCAUAAAUUUCCAGAGGUGGAAGAUGUAGUGAUGGUCAAUGUUAGGUCCAUUGCUGAAAUGGGAGCCUACGUCAGCCUGCUGGAGUACAACAACAUUGAAGGCAUGAUCCUGCUCAGCGAGCUGUCCAGAAGACGUAUUCGUUCCAUCAACAAACUCAUCCGCAUCGGGAGGAACGAAUGCGUAGUGGUCAUAAGAGUUGACAAAGAGAAAGGUUAUAUUGACUUGUCAAAAAGAAGAGUUUCUCCAGAGGAGGCAAUCAAAUGUGAAGACAAAUUCACAAAAUCAAAGACUGUUUAUAGCAUCCUUCGACAUGUUGCUGAAGUCUUGGAGUACACUAAGGAUGAGCAGCUUGAGAGCCUGUUCCAAAGAACUGCCUGGGUGUUUGAUGACAAAUACAAAAGACCAGGAUAUGGUGCUUAUGAUGCAUUCAAGCAUGCAGUCUCAGACCCUGCCAUCCUGGAUAGCCUAGAUCUGACAGAGGAAGAGAGGCGUGUAUUGAUUGACAAUAUUAACAGACGUCUGACACCGCAAGCGGUCAAAAUCCGAGCUGAUAUUGAGGUGGCCUGUUAUGGUUAUGAGGGCAUAGAUGCCGUAAAAGAAGCUUUGAGAGCAGGCUUGAACUGUUCCACGGAGAACAUGCCCAUCAAAAUUAAUCUGAUAGCCCCUCCUCGUUAUGUGAUGACCACUACAACACUGGAGAGAACUGAGGGACUCUCUGUUCUGAAUCAGGCCAUGGCUGUAAUUAAAGAAAAAAUUGAAGAGAAGAGAGGAGUCUUUAAUGUGCAGAUGGAGCCUAAGGUGGUUACCGACACAGAUGAGACUGAGCUUGCAAGGCAGUUGGAAAGACUGGAGAGGGAAAAUGCUGAAGUGGAUGGGGAUGAUGAUGCUGAGGAAAUGGAAGCCAAAACUGAAGACUAAAUGUUCUGGGAUAUUUAGAAGAGAGACCAUAUGGAAAAUUAGAGACCCCAUUGCAAACACUUUGGACUAAAUGUUUCCAGUAUUGAAAACUUCAAAUGCAAAUACUUGAAGUGUUCUACUGUUUUAAAAAGACCAAAAUGUAAACAACUCUUCUAAAUAACUUUUGAUGCAGCAACUUACACAAAUUGAAUCCUUUGAAAGGAAGGUGCCCAGUCAAAUUCAAGACACAGAUCUGGCCAGAAGGAGGUUGCAGCCCCACGCUUAACAUUUUCAUACAUAACAAUUCCUAAUUGGUGAUUACAGUUCAGUGCAGCUUUUAUUGAUCUUUCCUGGCAGCACCAAAACCAAGCAAGCUGAACAGUUCUGUACAGAAUGUAUUUGAGCAAAUAUUCAAUAAACUUCUGGGCUAUGUAA